AUGCAUGGCGCGUCGCUCAUGACGGAAUCGAGAAGAGAGGGCGACAUCCUCAGACAACCGAACAAGGUUAAUGUCAAGAACGUACCCACUCUGGUACUCAGGCUAUCGGAUGGUCGUGAAGGAGGUUUGCUGCCCCCCUCCCCCCGGGGCGAUUUUGAGCGAGAUCAGGAGUUGCUGAAGCUGGUUUGGGACUGCUUCAAAGGUCAUAGAGGUGCCUACGAACAGAGGAGGACGGAAACGUCGUUCGCAUAG